GACACUCAUCUGAGUCCCCCACGCCCCGCCCAGGGUCAGGGUGAGAAGCCUCUGGUCACCUUCCUGUGUGGUGGGCACCGGGAGCUGCAGACUGCGAGCUUGGGCCAGGGCGGCCACUUCCUGCCUGUUUCCCAGUCUCGCUCAGCCCGCCCUGUCCCCCAGAAGCAGGGCAAUGGCCCCCAGCAUCCUCAGCCUCCUGCAUCUUGGACUCUGUCUGGGCCAGAUGAUGAGGACACGCGGGGGUGCAGACCACAAGCUCUUUCUGUCUAUCCGGCCGAGCCCCGUCGUCCCCCUGGGCGGGCGUGUGACCCUUUCCUGUCAUUCCCAAUUUCCACUCGGGACGUUCAAGCUGUUCAAACACAACAGCUCGCGUGACUCUGAGAUGCAGACCGGCUCUUUCCGCCACAACCUCACCCUGGAGCCUGUGAGCAGGGAGCACGCGGGGACCUGCAGUUGCUCCGGCCCCGGCAGCCGCACCGCGGUGUCAGCACAGAGCGACCCCCGGGACAUCGUGGUCACAGGUGUGGCCACAGGGCCGUCCUUGUCGGCCCACCCAGGCCCCCGCGUGCACAAAGGAGGGAAUGUGACCCUGCGCUGCAGCUCAGAGCGAGCGUGGGACCAGUUCACCCUCCACAAGGACGGGGCCAUGGAGUAUGGCCGGCAGCCUGGGCAGAGGCUCCCUGCUGAGCAGUCCCAGGCCCACUUCCCCAUGGGCCCCGUGGACUCUGCACACGCGGGGACCUACAGGUGCUACGGGUCGCUCCGUCGCUCCCCCCACGAGUGGUCGGCCCCCAGUGACCCCCUGGACCUCGUGGUCUCAGGCCUGUAUAAGAAACCUUCUCUCUCAGCACAUCCGGGCCCUGUGGUGACGGCAGGAGAGAACGUGACCUUGACCUGCAGCUCCAAUCACUCCUUUGACAAGUACCAUCUGUCCAGGGACGGGGACGCCCGUGCACACCAGUUCCCUGUAGUGCAGCGUGACCGUGACGUGUUCCGGGCUGACUUCAGUCUGGGCCCUGCACCCUCAGGCCACAGCGGCACCUACAGAUGCUACGGGUCUUUCAGGGGCUCUGCCUCGCAGUGGUCGGCCCCCAGUGACCCAGUGCACCUUUCUGUCCCAGGGACCGCUGAGAGCACGGGGCUGUCACCCCCAAAUUCAAGCGCUGAACCUGGUGACAAACGGGGCUCUCAGCCUGAAGCACGUCUCCCUCCAGGGUCCUCCAGCAAGAAGAACCUCCUCAGGCUCUCAGUGGCCCUCCUGUGCAUGGUCAUUGUCCUUGGUGCCCUUACCGAACACUGGUGCUCCAUCAGAAAUCGUACGUCUGGGGACGGGAGCACAGCAGAUGCCGCCCUUGUGGGCACAGAGCCCAGGGAAGACCAUGUGACAGAUGGCGAGGGUCCUGCCGCUGAGGAAGCUCAGGAGGUGACGUACGCCCAGUUGAAGCACCCAGCGGCCUUGCAGACAGGGCCCUCUCCCACCGCGUGGCAUUCCAAGCACCUCUCAGCUGAGCCCGGCACCUACACAGCGCUCGCCGUGCACCAGACCUCGGCCAGAUCCAGGUCUGGCCCAGACUCAGAGUACGCAGAGCCCUACUGAGCGAAGACUGGGCCCCAGCAGAACUGGCUCCAUGGACCCUCACCCUCCUCCCAGACCGUCUCCACACCUCUGCAGUGACCACGGCAGGUCUAAAUACUUGCAGAUCACCUCGAAAGUCCAAGAGCCCCGAGUAGACGCCCAGGCAGUCCGGGUCUCCGAUCUGAGCACCCGGCACCUAGGAGCCCUUCGCACACUCGCCACACACUUGGACACCUCGCCGUCACUACCCAGUGCCCGGAACUCCGGGGACGUGGCUCUUGAGCUCCUGACGAGUGUGCUCGGCCAGGCACCCCUUCAAAUUCUUAAUAAAGCUGCAGAGCUGGGAGG